AUGCCAUCCAACUUUGAAUUUUCCAACGGUCAAGUUUCGCCAUCCAGUUCUUCCUCCAGCACUAACACCUCCAUUCCUCCUAAAAAUAAAAGCAUCUUCGAAACGCUAUUAGAAUCCAAUCGGAUUGAAGUGCGGCCCUUCUUCAAGCCUGGGGAGAAAAUCGUUGUUGCUGCAAGUAUGAAUGGUGGGAACGUAAUCGAAAGAUUCGUUAAGAUGCUUCGUUUUUGGUGCCGUCAAUUGGGUUGCCCUGCUGUUGAAACCACUCAGUUUAUGGAGGGAGAGGAGGGGAGUAGCACUUUUCUCUUCUAA